AUGGAGCAGCAGCAAUUGCCCGAGCCGGCUGCCUACCUGGCAGCAGCACCUCCCAUCCCCCGACGAUCCCGCGAACGAGACCGCAUUCGAAACCUCGCUGAUCAGCAGGACGAGAAUAAGAAAGUCGAGACGGAAAAGAAAACAAGUGGACAGACUUGGAGGCAAACUUUGGAAAACCACCGGAGAGAUCCCAACCGAACGCCCGAACGAAAAGACAAAGACCCACGCACCGACCACGCGUCCGCCAGCUUAGCAGCCAGCGCCAACAACGCCAACCACAACCGAGACAGGGAUCCCAACCAACCAAUUCAAACCGCCUCUCCUGAGGUCAUCUCGUCCCUCAUCACAUCCCUCUCCUCCAUAUCACGCCCGCUGAGCACCCAUUUCGAGUCGCCCUUCUAUCUCGAGUCCAUAGGCCCCAACAGCCCCAUCGACCUGUCCUUCAACUCCUCCCCAACCGCCAAAUCGGGUUCGUUCGGUGUCGACUACGGCGCAUUCUCCAAGCCCUCCGAAACUCAGUGGCAGCACCAAGAUGUCCCCGUAGACCAGGCCACUGCAAGCCCUCCCGUUGUCCGGACUGGCAGAUCUCGUCCCACCUCCAAGAUAUCCGUGUCCUCCAAGGGCCCAAAAUCACCAAAGAGCCCCGCACACACUCGCGAACCCUCCGGCUUUAGGAGCUUGCUCUCGCGCGGUAGCAGCAGCGCACUGUCGCGAUCAUCGAGCAAGGCAUCCCUUGCAUCCGGCGUCGAAAGCAUUGGCAAGCUGAGCAUCGAACGAGGAAGCGAACCAGUUUCGCCCGUGGGCACUGACCCCAAACCGUUGCGCCGACAGAAAUCCGCCGAUAGCUGGAAUUGGAGGACAGCAGGCCGCAGUCAGCGCGGGUUGAUGUACAUGAGCAGCAAGGAGAGAUUGCGCGAACAAGAAAUCGAAAAGAGGACGAGCGUUAUUGUAUUAUCCACACCUACAGUCAACAUGUUCCCAGAAACCGAAACCGACCAAGUUGCACCCUCUCCCGCUAUCGCCCAGUCACGCCCACAGGAUCGCGAUGCAGAUCCAAAAUCGAAACGAAGAUCAGCCUUUUUGAACUCAGAUUCUUUGGCAGGCAACGGUGAUAGCAACGGGAAUUCUGAUAAUAAGAACAAGCGGGCUAGCAAGGGAAUUGGACCGCAUGUUACAUACGAAAGGCCAAAAAGCGCAGACAGCAUCGACGACACGGUCGAGGCUUACCUAUGUAGUCCCCGACUGAGCCAGAAGAUCCGGCAUCCGCAGACAGGUCGCGUAAUCAGCUUCAGCGAAGUGGGCGAUCCCAACGGGAGUGCCGUUUUCUGCUGUGUGGGCAUGGGUCUGACGAGGUACAUUACCGCGUUUUACGACGAGCUGGCUUUGACGUUGAAGCUCCGGAUGAUCACCCCUGAUAGACCUGGAGUGGGUGAUAGUGAGCCGUAUAGUGAUGGUAACACGACGCCACUGGGCUGGCCUGACGACGUCUAUGCCAUAUGUCAAGCUCUCAAAAUCACAAAGUUCUCCAUCCUCGCCCACUCCGCUGGCGCCAUCUACGCCUUGGCAACCGCGCUACGCAUGCCUCAACACAUCAGAGGAAAGAUCCAUCUACUCGCGCCUUGGAUCCCCCCAUCCCAAAUAAACGUCAUCGGAGGUGGUUCUCAAAACCCCCUACCACCGACCAACGCCAUCCCUACCAGCCAAAAAAUUCUAAGAGCACUACCAACACCCAUCCUCAAAGUCGCCAACAGCAACUUCAUGGCCGCCACCAGCUCCAGCAUCACCUCCUCCCUACCCAAACAAAAACGCGCCAAGCGCGACAAGAAGAAGGACAAAUCUUCCUCGUUAGGCAUAAUAGAAAAUAAAGACUCCGACCGCCCCGCCACCUCCUCCGGCAUCAUCAGUACCGAACCAACCGGCGCAGACGAAGACAUGGACCGCAUCCGCCCCACCAUAACCAACAGCAACAAGGGCAUCGGCGGCGGCAGCCACCGCCACCGGCACACCCGCUCCAAAUCCUCCAACCUCGCCGGCGUCGACGAACACAACAACCACUCCCGCCACUCCACCUCGGGUGGCCUCUCAGACGCCGACGUCGCUGCCGCUUUGGCGCUAGCCGAGCGCGAACGCCAACAACAAUACGACCACCGCCUCACGCACGCUAUCUGGCAAUUAGCUACCACGGGCGCCAACCCGGCCGUGGACCUCUUGGUCUGCUUGGAGCGUCGGCACACCAUUGGGUUUCGCUACGUGGACAUUACCCGCCCUGUCGUGAUCCACCACGGUAGUCGCGAUACGAGAGUACCUGUCGAAAACGUCAAGUGGUUGGGCAAGAUGAUGAGGAGGUGCGAGGUACGCAUCUUGGAAGGGGAAGGGCACGGGCUCAUGGCUAGCGCGCAGGUGAUGGCUGGCGUGUUGAUGGAGAUCAGUAAAGAGUGGGAGGACUGGGGGCGGGUGACGGGGCAGAACCCGGGGGUGUUGAGUGAGCGGGGAGGGGCGACGGGGACGGGGAAAGGGGAUGGGAGUGGGGCCAAUGGCGGUAAACAUGGGCAUGGACAUAGGAGGGGCACGAUGGAUCGGUUGGGGAUGAGUAUGGGGAUGAGUUUUGGACUGGGAGGAGGAGGAGGUCCGAAGGAUACGUAG